GGUCAGCGUGGAGGCUAGUUUUGUGUAAUGGCUAUUGUUGUGUCGUUUAAUUGCAGGAUUAUCGAUAACAUAACCUGUCGUGCGCUGUCAAGGUCUCUUUCUCAAUUUGAGUAGUGUAUUGCUAAAGAGCCUUGCGCACACACAAGUAUAGUUAGAGAUAUAUCGCGUAAUUGUGGAUAAAAUAAAAUGUCCGGCCCGAUGGUGUUGUGUCAACUAUGGAUGGGUGGUCUGGAGCCAUACAUGACUGAAAGCUUCAUCAUGAAUGCGUUUCAUAAGAUGGGUGAGCAACCACAAACUGUCAAGGUAAUGCGCAACAGAUACACCGGCGAGCCCGCUGGAUAUUGUUUUGUGCAUUUCCCAACUGAUGAAAUGGCGCUUGAUGCUAUGCAUAAGUUAAAUGGUAAAGUAAUACCCGGAUCAAAUCCCUCGGUACGAUUCCGUCUGAAUCACGCCAGUACUACGGGGAAACCUGCCGCCGACAGAGAAUUCAGCAUUUGGGUAGGAGAUUUGUCCACCGAUGUAGAUGAUUACUCCUUGUACAGGGCAUUCGCUGCUAAAUACAAUUCCAUUAGGACAGCUAAAGUCAUAUUAGAUAGUUCUGGAUUCAGCAAAGGUUACGGCUUUGUCAGAUUCGCAAACGAGGAGGAACAAAAGAAUAGUUUAAUCACCAUGAAUGGCUACAGAGGACUUGGGACGAAAUCUCUGAAAAUCUGUAAUGCUGUACCUAGACCUUGGAACAAAAUAUCUGGCUCAACACCACCACAAUCAACCUCUGACUAUCCACCAUCGAAUAUGAAUUCAGAAGCAUAUAAUUAUUACGAUACCUCAUCAUACUGGAACAGUUAUAGUGCUUGGCAACAAGGUUACUAUGAAAGUGAACCGACAUCAGACGCUUAUAAUAGCUACGUGUCAGAUCAAAAACCCGAGGAAGAUGAACUAGAAUUAAUUGAGCAUUCAAUUCCUAUCGACAUUGACAAAGCAAACAGGGAAAUAAUUGAACAGGACUACAAUUUGUGGGAUGCUCUGGAAAGUUCCAAGUGGAUUCCAUGUGAUACUAUAGAAUUGUGCUAUUAAUUAUAAUCGUUAACCACCUACAGAAACACUAUGGAAAUUACACGAAUGUUAUCACAUUCUCAUAUUCUGGACUUCUAAUAUCAAAAGUGUCUCAAGGUUAAGAACCACGUGCGCAACAUGAUUUUUAUUUAUAAAAAUAAAUACGUCUAUUUAUCCUGA